GUCCGUGUGCUUGGAUGGGUGUCCUGAGUGCUUCAUCAUGUCGGAUACCGGCAAGUGCGAGCUUGACCCAUCGGCAGGGUCAUCCUGUUCCCACCAGGCAGCUUUCAAUCCCAGCGUCAUGCCGGAGGACCGUGGCGACCCAGGGACCUGCAAGGAGCUGGAGGCUGCGAAGAGCGCGUCUCCUUCGAAAACAGCCCUCCUGAGCAUGUCGCCGCACGUCUCGCGUGGCCGCUCUCUCCUUUCAAGGCGCGAGCGACCUCAGGGGAUCGACCGGAAAGACAUCCAGCUUGCGAGGAGGACUCUUCAGGCCCUGGGCCAGGAGCAUCCUGCGGGGCAUUCGGAGCAUGCCCUCAGCACCCUCGCGACCAGCCUCAGCCGUCGGCGCAGAGGAGUCUCAAAGGCCGAGCACAAGAAGCGGGAGAAGGAGAAGAAGGACAAGAAGAAGAAGGAUAAGAAGGACAAGAAGGACAAGAAGAAGAAGGACAAGAAGAAGGUCAAGAUUCCGGGCAUGGACUUCGUGAAGGACCUGGCAGGCCCGGAGCUAGUGAAGCAGGCCAAGGACGCGAUGAAGGACUGGUUCUUCGGGCAGGUGGACAAUGUCAAGAACUCCGUUCUCAAUGAGGCCACGUCCAGGAUCACGAACAUGUUGGAGAACAUGUUGGGCGACUCAGCAGUCGGGAAAAUCUUCCUCGACGUGCUCGGCAGCUUCAAGCCAGGACGCAACGUCUGCACAGCUGUCGCGGACUUGCUCGUGAGUAUGCUUGAUCGCCUACUGGAAGAGUACAAAGAGGACAUCCAAGCAGCCACGGUCGAUGAGCUCCACAUCAGGUUCCGGGCAUUCGCUGAGGGCGAGCUGGAGAAGCUGGCAGCACAGCAUGACGAGUUGGAAGAACACCAGGAGGCCCUGUUGGAGGUGCUGGAUGAUGAAGUUCAUCCAAAGUUAAUCGAGCUGCUGGACGACGCCAUCCAGGAGCUCAAGUCGCCCAUUUUCGCGACUCUUCGCGACGUCCAUCGGUGUCCAAAGCUCAACAUGGAAGGCAUGAGAGGGACCUUCAACGGCAGCGUUCCGAUGGGCAAGCCGGACGCCAAGAACUUCAAGGACCUGAUCUUUGACAUGACCUUUGACUUUCUCACUUUGGCCAGAUUCAAGCUGGAAAUGAGUAUCAAGGACUUGCCAAAGUUUGAUGCCUGGUUCGAUGAUCUUGAGAUCCGCCUACCGGAGAUGCUCCCGGAUAUCAUCGACCCCGACCCCGAUUCUCGGAGCCAUGGGGUUUAG